UAUUAUACAAAUAUCUUUUCUAUUGAUACUAAUGCUGAAUUAUAUAGCUCCAUAGAUAACAUUCAUCAGACUAUAAAUUUAGCACUUAAUGAUUUUACUAAUGUACUUGAAGAUCUUCAUAUUUAUCUUGCUAACCCAAUGUCAGUUGAAGAAUUUUUUUCAAUUUCUGCAAAAGAUGUUGUUUAUGAAAUUUUUAAGGAUGACCAAGUUAUUGAGAAGCUUAUAAAAACUUUUAGACCAGUUGAUUUAACUUGUGAUAAUUCAAAAAAUAAUAAUAGUGUUGAAAUUCCUUUAAUUAGUAUCAAUAUAGCGAUUGCAAGCUUAGAGACUGUGUAUAUGUGUUUGCUUCAACAAGAUAAAGCAAACAA